AUGCAAGACGAUGCAUCCAGUUCAACUCCGACAAGCAUGUUUGAUCUCUUUGAUUCAUUGACAAUUCUUCCAACUAGCGCUCCGACCGCACCACAACAGCUGAGGAAACGGACCGAUACCCCAACCGGUGAACCCACGAAAUUGCCUACAACAGCCCCAACAGUUGUUACUACGACUGGUGAGCCAUCUGUUGCACCAAGUAUCUGCACAGAGGCGCCAAUAACAGACGUGCCAUCAACUUCCCCAACUGACCGUAACGACCCCCCUCCAACCAUUGCACCAACUGUUCACCAAGGAACACCUUUUCCAAGUCAAGCUCCCACAUAUAGUUUGAUCAAUUCCGUUCUUUGCGGCGGUUCCCCCAGCUUUGCUCCAAAUUCCGGCGACGAACUCUUUGGCACGCUGGACCCAACUCCCGUACCAUCUUCAGGAACUAUCUCCCCAACUAUUGCCCCAUCUGACAGUCUCACUACGAGUGCUCCGACAGUUGUCCCCACAGAGAGAGCCGAAACCCUGGCACCAUCUCAGGCAACGGAAUCGAUGCCACCAGAGGAUCCUUUGCACGCUGGGAUUCAAGACAGUGAUAUUGUUGUUCGUCGCUUCAGUUGUGCCCGAGCCAACCAACAACGGGAGUUAUUGCGCAAAGCCCUUAUCAGAACUGCUGGCAACGUUGAAUUGGAAAUACAGAUUCUCGACUUCAACAACAUUGGAGCAGAAGUUCAUUCCAGUCUUUGCUCCAGGAACCCUAUCGGUGGCUUUUCCUUUGACGAAUGUCAACAACGCCUUGAGGAUUUUUUUGACGCUCACUUUGUACCAACCUCUGCCCCCACCAACGCUCCCACGCAAUCACCCGUGGAACUAUCGGGAGAUCAGGAAGAGCUCAUUGAGGCUCUGGUUGAAUUCUUUGGGGUUGAAAAUUGCACCUUCACGCGGCUCAACUUUGCCAUUGCCGUGACAGAGUGUGGCAUCGAUGCCUAUGGCGGACGCGUGACAACAAUUCAUCACGACUUUGUAAGCAUUGUGGCGAAUCUGUCGGGAGAUGAAGAUGUCUUCUACCAGUCAAACCCUGAUCCCAAUGUAUUCCUUGAUAUUGGCUGCUCCACCCGUGAAAGGAGAACCUCUUUUGACGACUGCAAUGCCAUUUUCCAGGCAUUCCUUGCCCGGAGGCAGACCCUCGACCGCAGAAGAGCCCACCGCGACCGUGGAUACUUUCGCGCCUUCUGA